ACAAAGUAGGAAUUAAGUGAAAUUAUGAGCAUCUACGAACAAAAUGUCGCCGAUGAGAAGUUUGCCAAAGCACACAAAAGCGUCAGCCUCUCCGACGACGAGGAGAGCGAAAGCAAUGCAGAAUCUGCGACGACAGCGGCCCCAAUAAAUGCAGGCCAAGACGAUGCGGUAGGCGGAGAUGAUGAAGAAGCCCAGGAGGGCGCCGCAAACACCCACGUUGUGGCCAGUCAUUACAACGAGCUGAAGGAGGGUGGACGGAGGGAUCGACAGAAAUCCAAGAUAUUCUUCAUGCGGAACUUCAACAAUUGGAUCAAGAGCAUGCUGAUCAAUGAGUACAUGGCUCUGAUUAAGGAAUCCAAGCGGGUUGGCGAUGCCCUGCGAGUGCUCGACAUGUGUUGCGGCAAGGGCGGCGACCUGUUGAAGUGGGAAAAGGCCGCCAUCACGCAUAUCAUUUGUACGGACAUUGCUGAGGUAUCGGUGGAGCAGUGCCAGCGGCGGUACCAGGAUAUAUUGGAGCGUGCUGAGAAAUCCAAGUACGCCAACAAAUUUACAGCUGAAUUCUUUGCCUGCGAUUCAACGCUGGUGCGUCUCCGCGAGCGGUAUAAGGAUGUCACCCUGCAGCUAAAUUUAGUUUCCUGCCAGUUUGCAUUUCACUAUUGCUUCGAGUCCCUGGGCCAGGCCGAUUGCAUGAUGCGUAAUGCAGCCGAAUGCCUGGAGCCGGGCGGUUAUUUUAUAGCCACAAUGCCGGAUGCCUAUGAAAUAAUGCGACGAAAGCGGGAAGCUGGUCCAGAUGCUCAAAGUUUUGGCAAUGAUGUGUACAACAUUAAAUUUGAUUGUGAGACGGAUCCUCUGCCACUGUUCGGUGCGAAAUAUCAGUUUCAUUUGGAGGGCGUUGUGGAUUGUCCCGAAUUUCUAGUCCAUUUCCCCACUCUGGUCAAGCUGGGCCGCAAGUAUGGCCUGAAGUUGGUCAGAAAGACCACAUUUGCGGACUACUACAAGGAAGCUCUGCCCCAGGGUCGUAAUCUAUUGCAACGAAUGUCGGGAUUGGAGUCUAUCCAGCCGCAGCGUUGUGCCAAUGAUGAUCAAUUUGCCCAUGUCCAGGAAUUUCAGGCAUCCCAGCGGGGCAGGCCGCUGGGUACACUCUCGAAAUCCGAGUGGGAAGCAACAACUCUAUAUCUGGUCUGUGCCUUCAAGAAAUACAAAAAUACUUGGGAUGCCAAUGGCAAACCCGUAUUUGAGUUUGACGACUGAAUAGCAACAUCAAUAUCGUAUUGUCCAAUUCUCUAAACAUUAUAGUACUCGAUCGCAUGAACAGAAAUUAAUUUUAAGCUUAAAGCGCAUGCUAAGAAAAAUAGUUUUAAAUAAUAAUGGCAGAGAAAUGUAAUAGGUAUCUUUCGUAGGAGUUUUCAAGUAAUUUUUUUUAUGCUGUUUUAAGUCAAAAUUAUAAUCCAUAGAUUCAAUUAUAA